GGAGAACUGCAGGGCGAAGACCGCCGGGGGCUCCGCGGGCUGCCGGGGGGAGGCACUUGACACCGGCCGCGGGAGAGGAGGGGCUGCUGUCCCUGCGGCCAGUGCUGGAUGCGGGGACCCAGCGCAGAGGCAGCUCCAGGUGGAGCCACGGGAAGCCCAGCCCCACAGACAGCCUGAGGCCGCGUUUCACCCUCGGCGCCGGGAUCUAUGUUUAAGUUUUAACUCUUGCUUACCAAGACCACGAUAAUUCCUUCCCCAGAGGCCAGCAGCCCCCCAGCCCCGCGCAGCCCCAGCCUGCCUCCCACCGCCCAGCUGCCCGCGAUGCCCGCCAGCGGCCCCGGGGACGCCAGCGGCCCCGCUCCGGAGCGGGGGGAGGAGGAGCGCAAGGAGGGAGAGGAGCAGGAGGAGGCUCGUGGCAAGGAGGAGCGGCAGGAGCCCAGCACAACUGCCCGGAAGGUGGGGCGGCCCGGGAGGAAGCGCAAGCACCCUCCGGUGGAAAGCAGUGACACGCCGAAGGACCCCGCCGUGACCUCCAAGUCCCCGUCCAUGGCCCAAGACUCAGGCCCCUCAGAGCUGUUACCCAACGGGGACUUGGAGAAGCGGAGUGAGCCCCAGCCAGAGGAGGGGAGCCCCGCUGGGGGGCAGAAGGGCGGGGCCCCAGCAGAGGGAGAGGGUGCAGCUGAGACCCCGCCCGAAGCCUCCAGAGCCGUGGAGAAUGGCUGCUGCACCCCCAAGGAUGGCCGGGGAGCCCCUGCAGAAGAGGGCAAAGAACAGAAGGAGACCAACAUCGAAUCCAUGAAAAUGGAGGGCUCCCGGGGCCGGCUGCGGGGUGGCCUGGGCUGGGAGUCCAGCCUCCGCCAGCGGCCCAUGCCGCGGCUCACCUUCCAGGCGGGGGACCCCUACUACAUCAGCAAGCGCAAGCGGGACGAGUGGCUGGCACGCUGGAAAAGGGAGGCUGAGAAGAAAGCCAAGGUGAUUGCAGUAAUGAAUGCUGUCGAAGAAAACCAGGGGUCCACCGAGUCUCAGAAGGUGGAGGAGGCCAGUCCUCCUGCUGUGCAGCAGCCCACCGACCCCGCAUCCCCCACUGUGGCCACCACGCCUGAGCCCGUGGGGGCUGACGCUGGGGACAAGAACGCCGCCAAAGCAGCUGAUGAUGAACCGGAGUACGAGGACGGCCGGGGCUUUGGCAUUGGGGAGCUGGUGUGGGGGAAACUGCGGGGCUUCUCCUGGUGGCCAGGCCGCAUUGUGUCUUGGUGGAUGACGGGCCGGAGCCGAGCAGCAGAAGGCACCCGUUGGGUCAUGUGGUUCGGAGAUGGCAAGUUCUCAGUGGUGUGUGUGGAGAAGCUGAUGCCGCUGAGCUCCUUCUGCAGCGCCUUCCACCAGGCCACCUACAACAAGCAGCCCAUGUACCGCAAGGCCAUCUACGAAGUACUGCAGGUGGCCAGCAGCCGAGCGGGGAAGCUGUUCCCGAUGUGCCACGACAGCGACGAGAGCGACACUGCCAAGGCCGUGGAGGUGCAGAACAAACAGAUGAUCGAAUGGGCCCUGGGAGGGUUCCAGCCCUCUGGCCCCAAGGGCCUGGAGCCCCCAGAAGAGGAGAAGAACCCCUACAAAGAAGUUUACACAGACAUGUGGGUUGAACCCGAGGCAGCUGCCUAUGCACCGCCCCCACCAGCCAAAAAGCCCCGAAAGAGCACAACUGAAAAGCCCAAGGUCAAGGAGAUAAUUGAUGAACGCACAAGAGAGCGGCUGGUGUACGAGGUGCGGCAGAAGUGCCGGAACAUCGAGGACAUUUGCAUCUCUUGUGGAAGCCUCAACGUCACCCUGGAACACCCUCUUUUCAUCGGAGGAAUGUGCCAAAACUGCAAGAACUGCUUCCUGGAGUGCGCGUACCAGUAUGAUGAUGACGGCUAUCAGUCCUACUGCACCAUCUGCUGCGGGGGGCGCGAGGUGCUCAUGUGCGGGAACAACAAUUGCUGCAGGUGCUUUUGCGUUGAAUGUGUGGAUCUCUUGGUGGGGCCGGGAGCUGCGCAGGCAGCCAUUAAGGAAGACCCCUGGAACUGCUACAUGUGCGGGCACAAGGGCACCUACGGGCUGCUGCGGCGGCGAGAAGACUGGCCCUCUCGGCUCCAGAUGUUCUUCGCCAAUAACCACGACCAGGAAUUCGACCCUCCGAAGGUUUACCCACCUGUCCCAGCCGAGAAGAGGAAGCCUAUCCGGGUGCUGUCCCUGUUUGACGGAAUCGCUACAGGGCUUCUGGUGCUGAAGGACUUGGGCAUUCAGGUGGAUCGCUACAUCGCUUCCGAGGUGUGCGAGGACUCCAUCACGGUGGGCAUGGUGCGGCACCAGGGGAAGAUCAUGUACGUCGGGGACGUCCGCAGCGUCACGCAGAAGCAUAUCCAGGAGUGGGGCCCGUUCGAUCUGGUGAUUGGGGGCAGUCCCUGCAAUGAUCUCUCCAUCGUCAACCCCGCCCGCAAGGGACUCUACGAGGGCACUGGCCGGCUCUUCUUUGAGUUCUACCGCCUCCUGCAUGAUGCGCGGCCCAAGGAGGGAGAUGAUCGCCCCUUCUUCUGGCUCUUUGAGAAUGUGGUGGCCAUGGGCGUUAGUGACAAGAGGGACAUCUCGCGAUUUCUCGAGUCCAACCCUGUGAUGAUUGAUGCCAAAGAAGUGUCGGCUGCACACAGGGCCCGCUACUUCUGGGGGAACCUUCCCGGUAUGAACAGGCCGUUGGCAUCCACUGUGAAUGAUAAGCUGGAGCUGCAGGAGUGUCUGGAGCACGGCAGGAUAGCCAAGUUCAGCAAAGUGAGGACCAUUACUACUAGGUCGAACUCCAUAAAGCAGGGCAAAGACCAGCAUUUCCCCGUCUUCAUGAAUGAGAAAGAGGACAUCUUAUGGUGCACUGAAAUGGAAAGGGUGUUUGGCUUCCCUGUCCACUAUACCGACGUCUCCAACAUGAGCCGCUUGGCGAGGCAGAGACUGCUGGGCCGGUCGUGGAGCGUGCCCGUCAUCCGCCACCUCUUCGCUCCGCUGAAGGAAUAUUUUGCUUGUGUCCUGAUCAGAUAGGAGCACAAGCAGAGGACAGAAAAUAGACACUCAGGCGGCAGAGUUCCCUCCCAGCCACUGAGCUGUCUUGCCAGCACCAUUCCUGGUCAUGCAAAACACAACCCAACUAGCAGCAGAGAGACGAGAACACCACACAAGACCCUUUUAUACAGUAUUCAGGUGCCUACCACACAGGAAACCUUGAAGAAAAUCAGUUUCUAGAAGCCGCUGUUACCUCUUGUUUACAGUUUAUAUAUAUAUGAUAGAUAUGAGAUAUAUAUAUAAAAGGUACUGUUAACUACUGUACAACCCGACUUCAUAAUGGUGCUUUACAACAGCGAGAUGAGUAAAAACAUCAGCUUCCACGUUGCCUUAUGUGCAAAGGGUUUUAACCAAGGAUGGAGAAAGGGAGACAGCUUGGAGGUGAACCGUUAACCGUGGUGGGGUUUUUCAAUUUCCCCUUGGUGUUUAACAAGGUGAAGGAGGAGAAUUUGGGAACAGCAUUCUCCCGUUUCUCCCUGCCAAAAAAGGGGGUGAAAUUCAGUGGUCGGGACCGUGGAAAGCUGAGAGUGGGAUCCAUCCAGGCUCCUGAGAUAACCUUUUGAUUUUUUUAGAAAAGGAGACUCCCUCGGCAAGAUGGCAGGAUGAGGGGUCUUCAUUCCCAAUUUCUCACAUUAGCCGAUUCGAGGGCUCCUUGCGGUGGGGUCAGAAAAAAUCCAGAGUGCGGGCAAGUGACAGUUCAGACCCCACCUGGAGCAAAUAAAAAAACAUACAAAACGUACUGGUGCUUUCCUGUCUAAGUCGCUUUUUGUGUGUUCUUUUAUGAGGCCCCCACCAUCCACCCUCUGUGCACAAGGCGGCUUCCGGCCCCUGGAAUGUGAUGUUUUUGGUCAUCUCCAAAGGCUGCAGUUUUAUACUGGGAGGCUGAUGACACCUUUUGUUAUAAUUAUUCUUAUGGUUCUGGUUAUAAUUAUGUUUGUUUUCAGAUUUUCUUUAAGAAAACAAAAACCCAACCCCCCCUCCCUUUAGGUUUCAAACCAAGGUGCGGGGAGCAGGGUGCUUCUAAGUCAGUGGUGGCCCUGGUGCCCUGGCUCCCCACCCCUCGGGCCAGGUGGGCCACCGGGCGCUGCGACAGCUGGGCGUCGGCCAGGGGGUCCCCGAGGCCGGCCUUCCGGGCGCGUCCCUCUUCUUCUUCUGCUUCCCUCCUCUCGAGUCACGUGUGUCAGGGCUGGAGGGAGGACCAGGCAUCUCUCUCCUCGCGUGUGUGAUUGGAGUGGUGUGUAUUUCUUUUCUAGUACUUGGUCUGAUGAUAGCUGUGCUCUUACCUCGAGUCAGCAGCACCUGGAGCCCCAAGUGCACGACACUUGGUUCCGCUUCCCGGCGAGGCAGGCAGCCUGGUGUUGGCUGUAGGCAGGGACGGCAUGUGUGGCUCCAGGGUGAGGGCCCAAUGGGCAGAUGCCUGCCUGGGUAGAUGGGGUGUAGAUAAUGUGGCAUAUAGAGAUAUAUAUUUUAUAAUGGGAGGGGGGAGUGGCACCUCCUGGGACUGGCAGGGCUGGCAGGGGUGCUGCCAAGCACAUGGUCCCACGUUCGCAUCCCUAGAAAGAUAGGGCCUACGGUGAUAGGCGCUAUAUAAAUACAUAGAUAGGGUCACGUAUAAGAAAUAUUUUGUAGUGGGGAGCGGGGGAAGGAGGCUCAGAAUGCUGAGUCUCGGGCCCCACUGCAGACAGGCCCCACACCAAUCAGUCAGUCCCACACGCACACACAGGAACAUGUUUCUAUACCGAUGCGUAACGAAUGCGCGUGCACACACACACACACGCACACACACACACACGCACACACACACACACACGGCCAGGGAGCUCCCAGCGCUCUUCUCCCCAGGAUUCAGGACUUUGCAGAGUCGGCCCUGCAGCUCUUUACCUCUGUUGCCCUAAUUGCAGGUAGACUGUCAAUCCCAGAAGUUGCUAGGUGCUGAGGGCAGGAAAAGGAGGAGGUUUUCUUUCAGCAGGUGCUCUCCUCUAGCAGGUAGCGUUCUAUCUCUUUUGCCCCUGGUGAUGUCAAAAGACUCUUCUGUUAGCAACCUGUGACACUGACCUGCAACCCUAGGCACCAGUCCAGUCAGCCCUCAACUCCCCCUACCUAUUCUCCCCCGACCAAAACGAAACUGACGUCCAGGGCUGUCUUGGCCAGGGGGCUUCCAUUGGAAAAAAAAUGGGACAGUGAACCUCACCUUUUGAAUAAAGCAAAUUAGUAAUUGGUGACAAAACGAAACCAGGCUUUGAAUCCCGUGCUCAUUGCUCAGGAGUAAGCCCACAGCUGGUGGCCGCGGUCUCCCGCUCCUUUUAGGGGUGCUUAGUCCCGCACCCCGGGCUACUCAUUUCCUUGUCAGAUUGGUUUUUAAGAUGAUACCCAGUUGCUUCCUGCCAGCUGUGUGCCGUGAUGCCAGGUGGUGAUGGUGGGCUCCCACGGGGCUGGAGCAGCUGUGGGGGAAGCCCUCGGCCCUUCCCUCGUUGGAGUCUGUACCGAACUGUGGUGCUCACCCCACCCCCUCCAGCCAGGCUCCAUCUUCCCGGCCCAGAGCCCACCAGCACUGCUCCGGAGGGCUGGGGGAGGAGGGCUGCCGCAGGCAGUCCAAGGUGCUCCCUCCCCUGGCGGCCAACGUUUAGGUCUUCCCAGCCCCAGUGUCAGGGCAGAGUCUCUUCCUCUGCAGACAGACUUCCUGGCUCUCCGAGGCCUUUUGUCCACUGCUUGUGUGCAGGAGUUUGCUUUUCCCAGUGGCCCAAGCCCCACCCAGGGGCUUGGUGUGGGGAAGCAGCUCGGUAGCCAAGGAUGUGGUGAGCCUGAGGGCUCGGCGUGGGCCGGCCAGCUUGCUUGCUGUGGCUGAGGACCUGUUGCGCGCAGUCUGGCCACCUGACUAGGCCCCAGAAGGGGCCAGAUGCACCCUCGCAGGGACGAGCGUUAACGAUCACCAGCUUUCCUUCCAGCCACACCCGUGGGCUUGGUCCCAUAGUAGAGCUUGGUAGGGUGCAGGGGACCUUGGGGAUGUGCCAACUUGGCCACACCGGGGUGCUGUCCAACUCUGGGGGUGCUCCUGGGGGCAGUGAUCAGGUCCCCUUCUAAAGGGGACUGAGGUGAGGUCGCGCGGGGAUGCAGGUGGGGGGUCGCGGCACUCGUUGUGCGUGAGGCUCAGGGUAGAGGCAGUGCAGCGGGAGAAACCACGAAGGCCUAGGGAAAAUUCUGGAGUAUGUUCCCGGUGGGGUUUUCUUUCUGAAGAGCAGGCCAAUUUACAAAUUCCUGGAAACGAGGGUUUCUAGGGACUGAGGAUGAUGCCCCCUACUUGCUGCAGGUGCCAGAGGGACCUGUGCCUCUUGCCGGGGGUAGGUAGCUGGGGCUCGGCAGGGCGCAGGGCCCUGGGUCGCUUGCCCGAGGAGGAAGCUCGUCUCCAGCCGGCGCCGCUGAGCCCCGUGGGCCUCAAGCUGGCUGGUGCUGCCUGCCUUUCCCGGGAGCCGACCGAGGAGCACAGGACCCGUGGGGUCUUGCAGUCAGUGAUGGCAACCCAGGUGUGCCACUGUCUGUUUUUCUUUCUAGACCCCAGAACCUUCCUGCUAUUGAACAUUCUAGAAAGCAAACUUCCCCAAAGAGCACGCAGGACUGCUUUGCUUUUGAGACGGGCCUGGGAGUGGCGGCUGGCGAAGAUGCCUGUGGGUUUUUGGUGAGUCGCUAGAGUGCAGACUGGGACAGGCAGACCCAGCAGGAAGAAAGGCUGGUGGUGGACAUCGGACUGGUCUAAUGAGGGCCGGCUCCCCUUACUUCCUGCAUAGCUGGCAAUUCUGGGGAAGCCUGAAUUGAUGGGAUGGGAAUUAGGUGGGAAUAGCCCACGGUCUCCAGCACAGGAAGGUCUGUAACAGGAGCAAGGGAAGGAACUAUUUCAGCAGAGCCACCUGGGGAAUGUUCUUAGCCUUCAUCUCGCUGAUGACAUCAUUAUACAUAAAGUGGAUCUUGGAGGCGCUUUUGAAUUCCUGUCGCUGUUCUGUUUGGGGCAGAGAGGCUGUGGCACUGGUAUUUUUCAGAGGUGUCGUUUUCAAGAAACUUGCAGGGUUAGGGCCGUGGGUCCUGCCUCGCACUGUGAUCUGAUGAGGGCUGGUCGUUGCCUGUGUGGUCAGGGUAGCAGCAGAGCCAAGAUGCUGGUGAGAACUGGGUUUCUAGCCAGGCCCCGUUUUUAUCGCAGGAAUUGAGGAAUCUGAAUUUGUCAUCGGGCGUGGUCUAGUCUGGCCCCUCCCAGCGCUUGUGAUUAGCGAUGACACUGGAGUUGUCCUGCCCUCUUUCCUCCACCUCUGGAGGGCUGGCGUGGAGCUGGAAUGGCUCUCCCGGCCAUUCCUUGCUGAGGCAGGGAUUAACCAUGAGUGUUUGGAGGAUCUAAGAGGAAAGAGAAUAGAUUUCUAUCCAGGAUGGACUCCACUGUUCUAGCAGAAGCUCUCGAGUCUUUACGUUUUGGUAAAGGAAGGCUGGGGUCUUCAGGAAGCGAGAGCAGCCCCUCUUGCACCGGUGUGUUCCAGAGACCCGGCUGAGUGGGCCUUGGGUUGUUUAUCCAGCUGAUCCUCAGCAGUGGAGCCUGGGGAGGGGGAGAAACAAGCAGGUCAGAAGCAGUGAGGGCAAGGAUGGAAGGUCCUUAGCUAGUCGUGGCCGGCCGAAUCGCCCGAACGGAGGCCCGCAGAUUCCUGUAACUCCAGUAACUGGAAAACGCCCCGCAGGGGCAUGGGAGGGCGGCUUUCUCAGCCUCCAGUCUCACGGCCUCCAGCCCUGGGCCUGAGGACAUGAGCAGGGAUCCGAAAGCAUCACCUGAGUCCCAUUUCACUUCACAGACUGAUCUGGUUGCACAGCCCUAGAACCCAACCAACCACAAAAAUGCCGAAAUUCCUUAGAAUACGCAGAGGGAGGAGGUGACUCAACAAGGUGCUAAAACAUUUUAUUAAAAAUAUAUAUUGUUAAAUUAAGUCUGCUGUCUGGACAAUGACUGUUUGUUUUGUUUUCUUGUAGUGGAGUUUAAAAGAGACUAUUAUUUUACUCUGAUAUAUUAUUAUUAAAAAGGCAUUUUAACUUUGUACUUGAAAACUAAAUGAGCGAUUUCAUGUGUUUUAGCUGAGGCAUUGAAGUAGCGGGUGCUUACUUAUUUGUGGGAAAUCAUGUAUUCAUACUGAAGAAUAAACUCCGUAGCUGAUUUGGUAAUAACUUUUACUGUUACAGACGAUUUCGCUUUGACCCCGGCGGGAGAGCACUUUUACUGCACAUUCCACGCAGCUAAAUGCAGGACUUAACUCCCCAGACCCUUCCCUUCCCAACCCUCUUUCCUUUCUCUUCAGUUCCUCUUCUGACUCUUUGUUGUUGUUGUUUUUUUUUUCUCCCUGGUUCCAGCAUCCUUUCACCACUGUAUUUUUUUUAGGGUUGCUUCUCUAUUUAUUGACAAUAAUAAUGUACAUUUCACAGUCUGGUUCUGGGACAUCGGGGAGGGGCAAGUGUGAAAGGGCCCUGCACGGGUCCCCACCCCCAUGCCCUGGUGUUCUGUUGUAUCUCUGUGUAAGUGAUGCUCGUGACAUAGCUGUUAUGAAAUAAUUAUAAAGAGGUCAGUGCGUACAGCAGAUGUAGAAAGUCUGUCAGUUCCGCCUUCAUCACGUUUUUUUUUUUUUGGUUUUUUUUUUUGGUUUUUUUUUUUUUUUUUUUUUUUGUGCCCAGAAGCAUAUAAUAAAGCUCCUUUCUAAUGUACUUGUGCUGGAGAACACUUGAAUAAAUGGACUGUUUUUGUGCAAAAAAGAAAAACGGAAAAAGCACCGUAAUAAUGUCCUUUUGUCUUGCGUCUCCUUUCCCCUGACAUGACUGUUGGCAACCUUCUUCAGAGGGGUUAAGUGCCCAAACCGGGAGGUCCUAGCACUGGGUCUAGACAGUGCAGCUCCUCCCUUUAAAAACAUCACCUGCAUGAACAUUCAAUAGGGACUGUAAACUGGGUGCAAAAAAGGGUGGUUUGGUUGACAGGAAGCUCGAAGAUAAGUUAGAGUGAGGCAAGGUUGCAGGAAGAGCAGAUUCUGUCCAAGGCUGAGCUAUAGAAAUUUUCAGACUAGAGCCGGGAGAGGAGUGGGCCUCGUGCCUGUGUCAGACAAGCUAGAGGGCUUUGGUUACGGGCACCGUUCCUCUCUGUGUGGGGUUUCUCCAAAACACAAGGGCAUCCAGAGGAGAGCAGCCGGGUGGUGGACAGUCUAGACUGUGCAAGGGACCCUGGGAGACACAGGUGUUUGGCCCCCAAAAUGGGAGAAUUUAGAGAAUGGUGCAGACAAUGACAGGGAGAGCCCAAGGGGCUGGGAUGAUUCGGGGCAGUUCCACGUGGCAGGCGGAAGUGGGGCCAGUCGGCCGAAGUCGGUCUAUUUCAGCUCAGCAUAAGAAGAUCCUUUUUCACUACUGGCCAGCAGUCCGAGGGCUGCCCUGAGUACAGUGAAGCCCUGGUCAGUUAAGAGGCGCUGGACAGCCACUGGGGCUCCUGCUGACCUUCCUUGAGACCCCAAGUCUGGGUUAUCCUGGCUGACCCACCCCUCCUCAGCACUAUCUUGCAAGUGGACGGUGCCUUGCGGUUGGAAGAGCCCGUUCACACAUGAUGUCCCCUUUGUCCUCGUGACUCUUUGCCUGGCAGUUACUAGUUCCCUGUUGUCCCAUCUAAGAGACUGAUCUGAACACAUAGAAGAACUGGGCUUUUCCCAUCACGUCUCCUCUCUAAGCCCCCUGGCAUUCCAUGCUGCAUUUCCAUUUCCUAAGUGCCAAGCAGAUCCCGCCAAUGAUUUCUUGUCUUCAGGGAGGAUUAUUCAAGGUUUCUUUCCUACAGCAGAUUUCGGGGGAGGUUUAGGACUGCACCACUUUGCUGGCAGCUUUGAAAGAAAUUAUAAGGGGGAAAUUUGAGAAAAAGGGGAAAAUAACAGGCUUUUUUUUCAUGGGCACUUUUUAUUUUCUUUACAAAAUUGUAAAUGUAUAUUUAACUGUUAUCCUACUUUUUUCUCAAUAUUUUUCAAUGUUGAUGUAGAAUUCUUUUUUAAAAAAUGGCUGCAUGGCAUUUUCUUGUUGGAUGUUUGUUUCUAUAUAUAUAUAUGCAUUUUAUUUUAGCUAUAAAUAGAGCUGCAAUAAAUAUCUUUAUGUGUUGGCUUUCCCCCCCUA